AUGGCAUCCCUCACUGCCAAGAUAUUUGCCGUCACAGGUGGCGCCUCCGGCAUUGGUGCCGCGACCUGUCGAUUGCUGGCCGAACGCGGAGCUGGCGUUAUCUGCGUCGCCGAUGUGUCCAGCGCCAACUUUGGCUCUCUGCAGAAGUCCAUUACAGAAAUCAACUCACUCACUUUGGUCCAAUGCACAGUACUGGAUGUCACCUCUUCGGAAGCUGUCAACCAGUGGCUGAGAGACAUUGUCUCGUCCCAUGGAAACCUGCAUGGCGCUGCGAAUAUUGCUGGUGUCGCACAGGGGGCGGGCUUGCGCACGACGCCAACCAUCCUCGCAGAGACAGAUGCAGAUUGGAGUCGCAUUCUCAAAGUAAACCUCGACGGCGUCUUUUACUGCACGCGCGCCCAAGUCCGGGCAAUGACGGACUUGCCGAAAGGGAACCGCAGCAUCGUCAACGUGGCCAGUAUCGCGGCCUUUUCUCACAUGCCCGACGUCUAUGCCUACAGCACAUCCAAGCAGGCAUGUGUGCAUUUCACUGCAUGCGUCGCUGCUGAUGUGUUUCCGCUGGGCAUUCGGGUGAAUUGUGUCUCGCCAGGAAUCACAAACACGCCGCUAUUGCCCCAGUUCGAGCCUAAUGCAAAGUCCCUGGAUGAGAUCCAGGCCUUGUACGCCAGCCAAGGCCUUACAAUGUGUGGAGCUGAUGAAGUGGCGCGUACGAUUGUGUGGUUGCUCAGCGAAGACUCUCACCCGGUCUAUGGAGCCAACAUCAAUGUCGGGGCAGGCGUCCCGUAG